UCCCUCACACACUUCUCGAGCCUGCUCCUCCUGCUCCUCCUCUCUCUUCCAGGCACCCUCCACACCACACCCAUGGCCUGCUACAACCGCUGCAGUCCCUGCGGACCCACCCCGCUGGCCAACAGCUGCAAUGAGCCCUGUGCCCUGCAAUGCCAGGAUUCCCGCGUCAUCAUCAACCCUUCCCCUGUGCUGGUCACCCUGCCAGGACCCAUCAUGACCUCCUUCCCCCAGAACACCGCCGUCGGAUCCACCUCCUCGGCUGCCGUGGGCACUGAGCUCAGUGUGCAGGGACAGCCCAUAUCUGGGGGAUUUGGUGGCUUUGGUGGCUUUGGCUAUGGGCAGGGCUAUGGCUAUGGCCUGGGCUGUUAUGGCAGGAGGGGCGGCUACAUCUGCUAA